AUGCAGAAUUCCCCUCCCAUCAAGCGACAGCGUCAACUGACUAAGUCCUCGAUGAAGCCGUCGGCUAAGUCUGAAACAGUACUGAAGAGCCAGAAAGCCAAGCGAAAGCCACAACAGAAGCUCACGCAGCUCCACUUCGCUCUCGAUGUGACGGUGCUCCGAACUUGUCGUCUGUGCGACUUGUCCUACACGAAAGGCGCACCCGAUGAUGAGAGUCUGCACCGAUCUCACUGUGCCCGUGUCAGGAAGGGUCUGCAGUGGGGGCGUGAGGAGGAGCGAGAAACGCUCAAGGCUGGCGUUGAGGAAGUGACCACAGGACUGAAGUUGAAGAAUGGCACCAAGGGGCGUGUUAUAUGUUUUAGACCCGAUGUUGGAGGCAAAAUCGGAGUCAAGCUUACAACGCUACUGGAAACAAUUAGCCUCGCGUUAUCCUCCCCACCACUGUCCCCGGCGGUUCUCCAGCAUUGCAAAGUCUACAUCUUCCUCCUAUCCCCCGACAGUGCUUCAUCCCAUAAUUCACGGGAAAGAAUCGUGGGUUGCGUUAUUGCGCAACGUAUAGCUACUGCCAUGGCCGUAACGUCCGACAUCGAUUUAUCAACAUCUAAUACGUCCAUCUCUCAUCUGACUUCCGAUACUUCCAAAGACGCCAAAGACAAGCAUACCCACAGCCUCAUCCCAGUUGAUGCAGCCACGAAUCUCUACGUCCACCCAAAUCCCCUGCCUACGCCAUUAGGUAUCCCCCGUCUGUUCGUUUCCUCCAGCCAUCGUCGGCUGGGGAUUGCGUCGCAUCUUCUGUCGGCCGCUGCUUCUACAUUCAUUCUGGGCUGUCCGUUGGAUCCUGCCAAGGGUCAGAUUGCAUUCACACAACCAACAGGUGCAGGCAAGGCUGUCCUUGAAGCUUGGGGAAAGGGUGGCGUUCGGAUCUACGAGGAGGAGCAAUCUCCGUGA